AUGUCUAACUCCAUCAAGAAGUUGUAUGAUGAAUGGAGCAUCCAAGGUUUCGUUUUGUUCAGUCUCUCACUACAGAUCAUUCUAAUUCUGUUUACACCAUUUAGAAAACGCACAGGAAAUGUGAUGGUAAUCUCGCUGAUUUGGGUAGCUUACUUGCUGGCCGAUUGGGCUGCUAUCUUUGCAUUGGGACUUAUUUCCAGGCGUCAAAAAUAUACUCAAAAAUUUGAUGAUCAUGCUGACAUUCUGGUGUUUUGGGCUCCCUUUCUUUUGUUACACCUUGGUGGUCCAGAUACCGUAACUGCUUUUGCUCUGGAGGAUAAUGCUCUCUGGCUAAGGCACUUGGUUGGGCUCCUAAGCCAGGUUGUCACUUCUACUAUUAUCUUUGGCCAAUCCCUUCCCAGUAACAAGUUAUGGGUCCAUACUCUCCUUCUGUUUGUCGCUGGAACCAUCAAGUAUGGUGAGCGAACAUAUGCUUUAUUUCAAGCAAACCUGAAUACAUUUCGAAAAUCCAUGCUUCAAGCGCCUGAACCAGGACUUAACUAUGCAGAGUUAAUGGAGGAAUUUGAAAGAAGAAAAUUCUAUAACAUACCCCAAGCUGGCCGAAGAGUACCCAAGAGCAACUUUAUACCACUCGAUGUCGAUUCUACUGCUGUACAGGUGCGACUUGCUUAUCACUUCUUCAAAAUGUUCAAGGGUCUCAUUGUGGAUCACAUCUUUAAUAUCCAUGAGCGUCGGGACAGCCGAGAUUUUUUCGGUAGGCGAAGCGCAGAAGUUGUUUUGAACGUCGUAGCAGUUGAACUCAACUUCUUGUAUACAGUACUCUAUACGAAGGCUGUCGUGAUACGUUCAAUAUUUGGAUACUUUGCCCGGUUUAUAUCCAGUUGUGCGGUUGUUGCAGCUCUUUCAACCUUCUAUUCAAUAGAUAAGCAUGGUUUUGGCAAGAUUGACGUUGAAAUUACCUAUACCUUGCUCUUUGGUGCCAUAGCCUUGGAUACAAUUGCUCUCUUUAUGAUGGCUUUCUCUGAUUGGACUGUUGCUCUUGCUUCCACCCUGCAGUUGUCGAGGAAUAAAAGAUGGAGAGUAAUAAACAUUUACUUUCUCCAUCUCAAGAAGAUAAACUGGGGGGAAGAUAUAGAAUCAAUGAGUUGCUUGGGACGGGCUAGACGAAUCCUAUUCCGGAGGUGGCAUGAAUCAUUGGAUACAUACAAUUUUAUAGAUUAUAGUCUACAAGAACGUUCAAAAAAGAACCUUACACCCCUCAAUUAUUUUUUUGGCCGGAUAUUAAUUUAUGUCAGUGAAAAAUUGGGCCUCAAGGAUUUCUAUGAUCGGAUGAAAUACGUUUCCAAGAAACCAUUAACAAAAAAGCUAUGGGUUUUCAUCUUUGAUGAGCUGAAAAAGUACUCCGAUUUCGCACGUAAUCCUGAAAAUGCGAGGAGGAUACGUUCAACCCGAGGAUAUAGGGUUCUACAAAAUAUUUCUGGGAUUAUUGGCAUUGAGAGUAGCAAGUUUGAGGAUUAUAUUGCCCACGUUGAUUGUGAUGAGAGCCUUAUGUUAUGGCAUAUUGCUACAGAUCUCUGCUAUCAUACCCAUACAAUCAAUGAGAGUGAUGAAGACACUAGUAAUCGUCGUGAAUUUUGUAAAAUCCUUUCGGAUUAUAUGUUAUAUCUUCUUGUUAUGCAGCCCACUAUGAUGUCUGGUGUAGCAGGUAUUGGCCAAAGAACAUUCCGCGAUACCCUUGCCGAUGCCAAAAGAUUCUUCAACGAAAAGGUCGACCUAGGACAAGAACAAGAUCAAGAACAUAAACAGGCUUGUACUAGAAUCCUUGAAGUAAAUACUGUUGUGAAACCUGCUAAGGUGAAGGGAAACAGAAGCAAAUCUGUGUUGUUUGAUGCAUGUAUUCUUGCUAAAGAGCUAGGAAAGUUGGAGGGGCAGAAGAGAUGGAAGAUAAUGAGUGAAGUGUGGGUGGAAUUGUUGUCUUAUGCUGCAAGCCAUUGCAAGGCCAAUGCUCAUGUUGCUCAACUAAGCAAAGGAGGAGAGCUUAUCACAUUUGUCUGGUUAUUAAUGGCUCAUCUUGGCAUAGGGGAUCACUUCCAAUAUUUUGGUUUUGAAAGAGCAGAAAUUUCGUCUGAAUAA